UGAAAUUCGCACAGUGCCCCCUAGAGGUUUUACGUACUUCCGGUUUGCUCCAUCCGCCAUUUUGUUUUACACCGUUCAAGGGUAUCGUGUGCAGAGUCAACUUCAGCCUCAGCUGACAAGCAUGUACCGCUUCGCCAAAGCUGCUCUAAACCUCAGUGGACAAGCCAGCCGCCAGGUUGCUGUGCGACAUGCUUCUUCAGGCGCAUCCCGGGAGUUCCAUGCGAAGUACGGCAUGCCACUGCUGAUCAGUGGAGCAACAUUUUGUACUGCAAUCUGGGCCUACGUGAUCACAUCAACUGGCAUCUCAUGGAAUCUGUCUCCAGUUGGCAAGGUCCAACCUAAGGAAUGGAGGGAGUAAUGGGAACACCACAUUUAGAAAUAUCCUGAAACCUUGUGAACCUUUCCAUUUUGUUAAAGGAUAUGCUUUACACCUAAACCCUGUUGGUCUGAUGUGUCUGUAAAAAUGUAAUAAAUUAAAUAUAAAUACA